AAACACCAAAAACAAAAUUUUGGGUCUUUAAUGCAAAAACAAGUCACCUUUGUCAGAGUCAAGUCUGAAGUUUUAAAAGUUUGUUUUUGUUUAAUUAAUUGAUUACCAAGAUGCAAAUGCCAAAAUCAAAUAUAAAAGAAAAAUUCUUAAAAAAACAAAUAUAAAAAUAAAUAUAAUAAUACAUUUUUUAACAAAGCAAUUAGGCCUGCUGGAAAGCGAGUGGGUAGAUAGUUAUGAUUAAAAUAAAUAUUUGAUCAUCAGAAGUUGUCAUUUAAAUACCUUGUGGGGACACCUUAACAUGGCAGUUUGUGUUUCUACUGUUUUUUUUUUUAUGACCUGACAGUGACGUCCUGAAUAAAACAUAAAUAAAUGUAAAAACAAUCAGUUUUGAAAUCUCAAAACCAGGUUUCAAGUCCUUAAGGUUGAGUCUCAAGUCCCCAUCUCUGCUACUAAAUGGGGCCCUCAAUACAUGAACCAAUCCAGUGGCUUAUUUUAACUUAAAUAACAAACACCAUCUAAAACCCACAUUCAUGAAACCUCUUCAUAAGUCAUGAUGACUAAACUCUUCUCGUCUGUGGGUCCAGGCCAGGCAGCUCCAACCUCUCGAGGCUCACUCACAGGCGGCUGUUGCGCAACACACACUGUUCCUCCCUGGAAACGGAUCAGUCACAAGGAAGGACCCACACCCCUGAGCUCCACUUCCCCGCGUGGCUCAGGGCGUAGCUGCCUCUUCUCCUCUGCUCCCAGAUCUCCAGUCCUCCUGGCCCCGUCAUCUCCCGAGUCCUUUCCUCCACAGUGGAUUCAUGCGCAGCUCUCGCCCUCCUCCUCGGUCGCCAUGCAGAACAACCACCACAAGGAGCGCCUCUACAAGAUCCUGGUCAUAGGAGACCUCGGGGUGGGUAAGACCAGCAUCAUCAAGCGGUAUGUCCACCACAACUUCAGCCCCAACUACCGAGCCACCAUCGGGGUGGACUUCGCUCUCAAAGUCCUCAACUGGGAGCAGGAGACGGUGCGCCUGCAGCUGUGGGACAUCGCAGGUCAGGAGCGGUUUGGUAACAUGACCCGCGUGUAUUACCGCGAAGCCAUGGGGGCGUUCAUCGUGUUCGAUGUGACACGGCCCGCCUCCUUUGAGGCUGUCACCAAGUGGAAGGAGGACUUGGAUUCCAAAGUGACUCUUUCCAACGGGAAACAUGUAGCUACGGUGCUACUGGCUAACAAAUGUGACCAAGGUCAGGAUGUACUGACCAAUAACGGAAUAAAGAUGGACCAGUUCUGCCAGGAGAACGGCUUCGUGGGAUGGUUUGAGACGUCUGCCAAGGAGAACAUCAACAUUGAUGAAGCAGCGAACUGCUUGGUGAAGCACAUUAUUUCCAGUGAGAACGACAUGCUCCAGUCAGAGGUUCCUGACACCAUCACCCCUCAGUUGGAGAAGGACAAAGGCGGGACUUGCUCCUCCUGCUUCCGAUCCCAGUAACCCUCCUGCCUGACAGUUGGACACCUUUUUUUUGCAUCUCAUUUCACACAAAGUCAAGCUUGUGUGGGAGUAAGUGGAAGAAGCCUUUUUGUCCAGUUUUUGAGGAGGAUGGCACAAGCUCCAGCUCUCUUCCUGUCCAGCAGGCCGAGGCGGCGGUGGCGGUGGGAGGGUAGAGGUUGCUGGCUAAAGGAAUGGAUGGAUGGAGACAGAAAGAGGGAGAUGGAUGCAGCUGUGUGCACUUGUCAAAGCCAAGGUCACCCCCCACCACCCUCCUCUUCCUCGGCUGCAAGCUUUGACAGUGCCACUUUGGUUGCCAUGGUGACACAGUUAACACAUGCACACUGAGAGAAAGACUACUACAUAUACAUGCCAUAAGUAAUUGCCACAUCUACAGCGCUCUUUGUUAUAUUCUAAGGUUUUCACUGCUGACAGACAAUUGUUCUCAAAAAAUUGACCUAAAUUAAAAGAAAGAAAUAAGAAACCUUCCAUCAUUUUUCAGAAGACCACAUGUGUUGUUUGAUUUUAUGUUUGUUGCACCAAUAUAGCACAUAAUAUGGAUAAUAUUAAAGUGCCUUUUUCAACACCGGGCAUGAUAUUUAAUGUCUUAACCAGAUAUCUUUAUGACAUAUUUAUUAGUGCACUUAAAAGUGCAUGUUGUGUUUUUUUUCCUCUCUUUUAUUACUGAGGUAGGAUUAAACUCAUUACACUGAUAAGAUAUUUAAACUUUUAUUGUAAACAUGAAUGACUGUGUAUUAAUGAAAGCUGCAUUACGGCAACUACUGUGUCUUUAUUACUAUAUUUUCUGCACUAUAGGGCGCACCAGAUUAGAAGGCACACCAUCAGGGAAUGAUCUAUUUUCAAACUGAUGUCCGAACUAUAAGACGCAUGAAACGAGAAACGAACGAGUUAAAUCUGUCAGUCAGUCAGCCUUUAUUCACUGUGUUCACAGUAACUCCAGAACAUUGUUACAUGCUACGUGUUACCCACAUUGGCGUAUUCACAGUGUAUGCAAAUUUUGUUUCCAACAUGUAAUAAAACUAGACUGAUACCACUAACUACUGUAACUCCCAACCUGGUUAGAAACUCGUAAAAAAUACACAGUCCGACACCACAAAACAUUAGCACCAUUAGCAUAUCAAAAAAAAUACCCAACCAAACAUUUUGACAGAGCCGUGCACCCCUCGACAUCAGUAACCAGGAUUAAUCCAUAUAAAGUAAGAUUAGAGUCAGAGACAAGUCCGCCAGUCAGUCAGACUUUAUUUGCUGCGUUUACCUCUAGAACUUGUCUGUAACACAGUACACAUUACCCACACAAUAGUUGCAACUCCCUACCUUAUUUGUAACACGUAAAAAACACAUUCCAACACCGCUUCACAUUAGCGUAUUUUCAAUAACACCAAACUUUGUUUGCAACUCGUACUAGAAUUAAUCCACAUAUAAGGUGCUCUUCAGUCUUUCUUGUAGGUGUGCCUUAAAGUGCUGAAAAUACAGUAUUCUUGUGGUUUUGUCCUCACUUUGAAUUUCACUGUGAAAUAGUUGAGAGUAAACAUGCAGACGAUGAUCUACAACAAACUGACAGACCAAAGUUGUUUGAAAGAUGUUCAUAUAAUUAAAAGUAAUUUUGUUCAGCUGUAAUUUGCCUGCAAACGUCACCUUUAUGGAGUUUUUAUUACAGAAACAAUGGAAAAGGUAUUACUAUGACGCUUAUGAUGGAUCUCGGGCAUUGACGUCACCCGUAGAAAAUUGUUUACGUCCGGCUCUAACACAUGAAGUCAUUUUAGUCGCCAUGUUUUCCAUGAAACAGAUGCUGCCAUGUUGGAGCCAGACAACGUCUUUAAUAAGUAGUUAAUGGCUCGAGUUGGUCUGAGUUUCUAUGGCAACCACUCUGGCCAAUCAUCGAAUUUGUUGGAAGUUCAGACCACUACCAUUUGAAAGCAUGCUAUAUGAAAUCUGUCAAACGUUUGAUAGUUGGACGAGGGGACCAACACCUCCUUUUAUUCAGGCAUUUGAUUAGCCAGUUUAUAACAAGUAAAACUUGCACUACAGCAGAAGAACAUAAUUACAGAAAUUAGGAUGAUAAAGAACAGGUUUAAAAAAAGAUAGUAAGGCAAGAAUGGUUAUUCUGAUAAAUAGAAUGACUAAGUAAUAGAUGUCUAUUUCUCUAUGGAAGACUAUAGGAUUUUAGCUUCUUGGAGCCGGUGGGUACUUCCUGUUUGGCCCCCUCCCCACUGGCGUUCCAAUCAGUCCAGUUCUCAUCUGCAGUCAACAGGCAGACAGAUAAACUGAACUCUCUUAGAGUUGUAUGGUGCUGUCCUCAAAGUUUUUGUGCAUUCCUUUUCACUGCAGUGAGAGUAUUCCUUCUGAAUUGCUGCACAGGAAUCAAGGAGCUCUGAGCAAGGUGCAUGGCGCUGCCAUCAUGCACUACUCAUCCAAAAGAUUCCAUAACAGAAUAAUUACUGCAUGGAAUGUUGUGUGUCAGCUGGCAACAGGUUAUUUAACCACAACUUAAAGCAGCUUCUUAUUUCUCAAACAGCUGUGCUAAAAGGCGCAUCCAGUGCGCGUGGAACAGAUCUUCAUUUAAUUAAGAUUAGCCCAAAAAAAUCUUGAAACUAAGAUAAGGACUGUAGAAUGAAGUUUUUAUAGACUGGAGAGACAGGUGAGAGCCUUCCUCUACCAGGAGGACUUGUUUUAGAAAAAAAAAUCGUAACUGCAGAGAUCAGAGAGUCCUCAGAUCUUUAGUGGAACAUAAUGUAGGAAAAACCCAAAACCCAAAACUUUAUUUGUACUAAACAGUUAAAAGUAUAAUUACUUUCAUGUGCACACUGCAAAAGACAGUCGAGAUCCAUAAUGGACAGCUGUGCAACCUCAACCCCAGGGAACCCACCAGUUUUGAUCCAAACAAGGAUUGGUCACCACAGAGUGCAGACUGACGUCCAGUAGAAUCUGUUUGAUCUGCUGAAAAAAAAA